AUGACAGACUAUGGCUCCGUCUCCGUGGACGCCUUCACUAUCGGAUGGCCUUGUGCCCAUCCGUUGGAGCUAGAAAUUGCGUCCAAGAUGAUGGAUGAGCGGUUGCCAGGCCUCCCCUCCCACCCUAGCGACUCCAACACCUACGCGCUUGGAUUAAUCGAGGGUCACUUCAUUGUAGCUGCCUUUUCACCUACCGCCGAGAAAGGUACAAGCCCAGUAACGGCCGCGGCUCGCCACAUGAGGUUGAGCUUCCCUUCAGUUCGCUUCGGCAUCUCCAUCGGCAUCUCCAUCGGCAUCCCCAUCGGCAUCGCUAGCUGGGUUGCGCAUCCCGGCGACAAUCUUGAUAUCCGCUUGGGCAACGUUGUCAUGAUCCAGUCGCUAAAUAAUUGCGAUGAAGCGGUUCAGUAUGAUCUCGGCAAGGUUGUCGAUGGUCAUGUUACCUAUAUGGAGAGAAAAGUCGCGCCGUUAUCAACAACUGUAAUAGCGGCGCUUGAGAAGUUACGCACCAAUUAUUUUCGAAACAGGACACGAGUCUCGGAGCACUUAUCCAAACUCUCAUUUCUCCACAGCUUUGGCACACCAGAAGAAGCACGAUCAGCAACAUACCAAGCCCUCUCUCACGGCAGCAUCGUGUUUCCACCUGAAGUCAUGAGAGACGGGCAAACGCCAAGGAGUGAUAUCCAUGAGCUUGUUGAUGUUUCGUUAUUUGGUAACGAAGUAGCCGACUUGAGGACUGAAGCCUCUCAGUCUGACUUGUCUCUGGUUAUAAUCCGCGGUAUCUGCAACAGAAAUGACAGCGAGAUAUUGCAACUGCAUGCAGUGGCUGCAGCCGCGUCAUAUGCCAAAGAGCUUUUGCAAAUCCUCCCACCUCUGGUAGUCUUAAUCUCCCCGAAAGAUAAAUCGGCCUGUAAGUACGAAUCGCGAAGCACAUAUGCCCACAGACACUAA